AUGUCAGGCUAUGUUCGGAGCAUUGUGAGAGCGCAGGGCACGCUCAAAACGGCUGCAAGCUCGUCUGCAGCCGCUCGACGAUCAAGCUGGACCUCGAUCUCGACCUUCUUCAAUCGUCCUCAAUGGGACGUUUCAGGUGCCCCCGCUCCUACUAGAGCAUGGCCAAGCUCGGCGCUACAUACUCGCUCGAGAGCGACAUUGGCACAACCAUCGAAUUUGUCCGACGAGCUUGGCGGCCACGACGGAAGCCUGAGCGCAAUGGUGCCAAAGCGACUACCUCAGAGGCCAUCGGGGGGCACCGCAGUGCGAGAGAUGAGCCCGAUCUAUCGGGCAAUCGAUACAUUGAACGCCUAUGGGACAGCGAGGUCGAGCUUGGACGACAUGUCGGCCAUCGGUGCCUACUGUCUCAUCAGAGAUCAACCGGAACAUCAAGAAACGAUCAAGCUCGUCAGCAAUCGAGCGCUCGUGCGGCUGGCUCAUUGCUUGACAGUGCGCAUACAAGACGACGCGCUCUUGCAGGACAUCGUCGCAGACUUGCUUCGCCCAGCAGAACUUGCAGAGACGCAAGCACUCGUCCAGAUGCUACAAUCGUACCUUCCAGAUUGGCAAAGGGCCAUGCAAGCGCGGCACGGCAGCGACUUGAAAGCCUCACAAAGGCUCGCGCCUCUAAUUCUCAAUCGAUGGGAUUCCCUCUGGCGCAGACGGCGGGAGCGCAGCGCAGAUUCGCUCAACCUCGAGGACGUCGAGAUGAUCGUUGCUGCUUCGACGCAGUCCGAGCGGCCAAUGUCGACCCUAUCAUCAGACGAUGCUCAUGAGGCUGCAAAGGCUCUAUGGGACCGGGCGGCCGUCUUGCUCCUCUUGCAGCCAAAGGGAGCCAAUUCGCGCUUAUAUCUGCGCUGGCUGAGCGCACUCGUGCCCGGCGCUUUCUCUAGUAGCGAGGAACGCGUCCAGUUGCCGCUCAGGAUGUAUCUCUUCUUUGCUCGACACGGCUAUGUGGACGACGGCCUCUUGACCUCCGCUAUCGAAGAUCUCACGAAUAGCCAUACUACUCUGGCAAAGUCGGCAGUCUAUGGUUUUGCGCUCUGGCGAGCGGAAAUGCGCCUGUCGCUCCAGAAGGGCUACUUGCGACGCGCCCUGCCCGUCAUGAUAAAAUACGAGAGACAGCGCCGUCGACUGGGCCUGCCAAUCGACUCGGAAAUCUCAAGCUGCUUACGAGAGCUCUAUGAUGCCUCCUGUGGCCUUACGGGUCGCGAAGGUUUCGAUCUGACCGCUCGUACCAUCCUUUGCCUGCUCGAAAAUCGUAUACAAGUAUCACCGGCCGAGGUGCCAUACUUCCUGGGCGAGCGAGGCAUCGAUCGCUUCUUUGAUCUCGCAACGGCGCGACAGAAGGUUUUGCAGCGUGCCCAGAUUGACAUGGUAGAGCUGACGAGCCAUCUGCUCAUGACACGAUCUCUCUGGCGGCCUAAGCCUCAACAUCUCUUGUUGCUUGCUCAGAUCGCUCCUCAUCCGAGGACUCGACAGCUGGUGACUGUACUGUUGCCCAAGAUGCUACAAGCAGCACAAGAUGGUCAAAACUUGAUAACCUACGACGAGCUGGUCACCGUUGCAUUCCAGCGAAGACUCAUUGACGCAAACGCCUUCUUUGUGCGUCUGGACGGACAGAAGACCAAGUUCAGUAGCCAUGUAUGCGCCAUAUUAAUCGACGCGCUACCGGCUUCCAGCGAGCGUAUACUCGGCAGCUUCCUUAAUGGCAGAGAAGACCUAGCAGCUGCGAUAUCGAGCAAAGAGUCUGGAGGGACAGCCAAGCUAUCUCGCGUGCCUUUGUCGGAUCUGACGAUGCUCUUAUAUGGCUACGCGCUGACCGGCCAAAGAACCAAGGCAAGACGUGUUUUGCACCUACAACAACAGCUUCGGCUGGUGCCAGACGUAGCACAUUUCAAUGCGACCUUGUACUUCGUUGCUCGCCACUCGCCACGCGCAGCGAAUGAGAUGCUCGCAGAAGCCGAAGCCUUUGGCUUCAAGAGCGAUAGCGAUACGCGCGCCACGCUUAAGCAUGCCGUUCAGGCAAAUGGGCCAGUGUUGUCCCUGCCUUACGCCUCUGGGAUGCAAGCAUAG